AUGGCUUUGUCUUCCAUAUUUGGAGGCGGAUCGCCCUCACAACAACAGCCCGUGGCCAGCGGUUCUGCUACUGGGGUGUCCGUGAAGGAACAACUCAAGACUCAAAUCGCCCAAGAACUUGCCAUUGCAAAUGCCAGUGAGCUCGUUAACAAAGUGACCGAGAAUUGUUUCGAAAAGUGCUUACAGAGUCCCUAUACGAGCGCACAGGAGGGCUGUGUCGACCAGUGCCUUGCAAAAUACAUGCGAAGCUGGAACGUGAUUUCUAAAGCGUACGUGGGCCGCAUCCAACAGGCAUCCACCUCGGGCGAGAUUUAA